AUGGCCUCCUUCACAUUGUCAGUAUUCCUCUGUGUUGCUGUUCUUUCUAGCAUGACAUUGGCUCAAGAGGAAGAUCAGAAUUUCUGUCCUCCCGGAUGGACACCCAAUGAAUUGCACUGCUUCAAGUACGUCUCAGAGAAGAAAACCUGGGCCGAUGCUGAGAUGAACUGUUUGCUUCUCGGAGGAAACCUGGCUUCAGUGUGGAGCGAAGAAGAUCAAAAGUUUCAAGUGAAACUCCAAAAGCAAUCGGGCACAGUUGAACCAUUCUGGAUUGGACUGUCAGACGUCCACAAGGAGGGAACAUGGUUCUGGUCUGAUGGUACUGCUGUGUACUAUACAAAUUGGGCCCCUGGUGAACCAAACAAUUUCAAAGAAGAGGAUUGCGUGGUAACAGACGAGAAUUGGAACGAUAUAGCUUGUGAACGAAAAUUUCCUUCCAUAUGUUCCACACAAGCUAAAUUUUGAUUUGGG